CUUCCUAUAAGAGCUGGCUACGGGGACGCCUUGGGGUCAUUAUUAGCGUUUGUGCGUUUCGUCUGCCCGCGCUUGUGUCCCGCGGAGCUAUGGCCGGCCGGGGGAAGCUGAUCGCCGUCCUCGGGGACGAAGACACGGUGACCGGGUUCCUCCUGGGCGGGGUCGGGGAGCUGGACAAGCACCGGCGCCCGAACUUCCUGGUGGUGGAGAAGGAGACGGCCUUGGCCGAGAUCGAGGAGGCUUUCCGGGGUUUCCUGUCCCGUGACGACAUUGGCAUCAUCCUCAUCAACCAGUUCAUCGCCGAGAUGAUCCGGCACGCCAUCGACGCGCACACCAAGUCCAUCCCGGCUGUGCUGGAGAUCCCCUCGAAGGAGCACCCGUACGAUGCCUCCAAGGACUCCAUCUUGCGCCGGGCCAAGGGCAUGUUCACAGCCGAGGACUUGCGAUAGUUGUGGAGGAGAGAGUUGGGGGAAAGGACAGGCGGUCUCCUUCCUCGUUGCCCCCACCAGCAGCAUCAGCUCCUGCUCGACCCCACUGGCUCCAUAAAGAGCUUUUUCUCCCUGUCUUGUGUGGAUGUAUUUGCUGCAGAAACAUCUCCACCCUCCUUGUUGUCUUCUCGCUGCCCUGUAAGACCGGGGGGUGGGCAACACCAGCCUCUAGGGUUUUUCCAGUCUUGGCUUUGUUUCGCCUUGUGUCUCCUACCUUUCCCCUGUUUGCAGUGGCUCACUGUGGGGUGGGGGGGGGCUGUUUGCACUCCCCACGGGAGCCCAGGAGAUCCAGGGAGCUGGCAGUUCCUUUUGCCCUCAGCUUUUCUCUGCUGGAGAAGCACUAAGCCCACAGCAUAGCUGAGCCUCUCCUCCACAACCUGGGGGGCUCUCCCCGGCCCCAGGAACCACUCCAUGUCUUGCUCGGAUGCUCAUUCCCAUCCACGGCUUCCUCUUACACACCUGAAGCCCAUCUUUAUUAAGUGGCUCAUGUAUUAUUAUUAUUUUUGCCCAGGGCCAGACAUGUGAUCUGCAAUUGUAGCUAAUUGUUGAUAUGCUCCAGUUCCCUCUGAAUGACCCUGUUUGAUCAGAUGGGAUUGCGUAGAACCAGUCUCAUGGAAUUGCCCUUUGUGUUUGCUGAAGCAACCUGGGAAAUGUAACACAGAAAGGAAUUUCUCUUGCCUUCUCCAUAUACCUCCCUUACUUGAGAUGGUUAGCUCAGUUUCGCUUGCUUUAAAGCAUUCUUUAAAACUGGAAUUUUAAAGGGGGGGGAACGCUGAAAAAAUAUACUGUCUGUUCUGAUCUCCACUCUGUAAUAAAAUACCCACAUUAGAUAGUGAUUGUCAGUGAAUUAUUUAUUAUCUCAGCCUUGGCUUUCUCUUGAUGCAGGCAGUCUGGAAUCUCAUGUAACAUUAUCUCGAAUAGAAACAACCGUAUUUGCAGACGUUUUGCUGUAGUGGAGUUCAGUGCAAAUUAAAAAGAACCCUUUCAGCCCUUU